AUGUUUCGCGGCGACUGCACCGAGUACGGCCUUGUCGUUAUCGACAUAUCCAACCUCGAUAGCGGCGUGAAGUAUGGUAUUGCUGCGUUCCGUAUGCACUAUAUGGCCGAAGUUCGGUACCGAGCGAGGUCGAUAGGCUGGGAUCCCGUCGAAGACGAGCCGCCUUUAAAGGAGCCUGACGUUAUACUCGAGAGCUCGCGGCCUCGAGUGCCGCUAUCUAUUCAUCAGUGGCUACGCAAGUACCACAUCUACGAGAACUUGAAAGAGGACCCUAGCAUCCUCAGACUAAAGGAUAGGCCGCUUGUUGAUGCUGCAGCCUUAGACUACUUUCGGCCAUCAAUGCAAACCACCCGCACUGAGGAUACAUCGACUACAACAACUGCCCCGCGCUGGACCACGUCACAAGAGCCUUUGCGGAAUGCGCACAUCGAUUGUGCUAUUGAUAAUUUGCUUCUUCUCACUCAGCAGCCCACCGAACCCCCCUUUGAGAAAACGGUAAGCGACAACCUCCAAAAGCUCGGCGAGUACCGCGAGCAGCUGCGGCAGCGGCUCGAAGAGGUGCCAGACACCUUAGGUCCGUCCGAGAUCUCGAGCUACAUUUUGCGUGUUGCGUACGCCGGACGCAGUCACCUCAACUGGGUCGCGUUUCAGAACCUUGCGCCCAGCGUGAUCGCUGCCGCCAUUGCAUCUGAUGGACUUCGGGACGCGUCUGCGCUCAGCCUUUGCGUCGAUCAGUUUAGGCUGGAGGGAGACGAGGAAGAGGGAGACCUCGGUGAUCUCGCAACGGUCCUUGCGCAGACCACGGCCCUCAAACAGCUAUGUUUUUUGCAGCGACCGGACCGGGAUAGUGACGACGCCUCCGCUUGUUUCUGCUCCCAGCUGCUGUUGCUGUGGGGGAGGGCAUCAGGAGGAGACCUGGAGUGGCUCCGCACCAAAACCAUUUAUCCGACCUCCGCCUUUUCAACAUCCUUGCGCAGCCGCGGAGUCCUAACAUCGUCCUUGACUAUCAGUCACAGCUUCACUUCCCCCGACGCCCUAGUCUUUCCCGUUGUACACAUGUUCACGGUUGUAAAUUACCAGCGCGAAGAUGGCCCAGACGUAGCCGCAGACCACCACGUCCAGCAAUACCAGAAUAGUUCUAGUUAUAGUUACAGUUACAGUGAUUACUACGCCAUGGAAAAUACCCUGCUAGACGCUGAGAGCUUCGCCGUCCGGUUCCUGGCAUAUCUUCGGUCCUUGGGUUCGGGUUCGGGUUCCGAGAAAGCUAUCUUGCAAUUCGCACACAAGGGGGCCUCCUCGUCACUCACCACCACCACCACCGUUGAAGAUGGCGACCACUCACCGCCGUCAUGGUCAUCGCGAGGUCAAUUCGGUGUGAGCCCCAUCCCCGCCGGAUUUUUCGAUCACGAGCUCCCGCCCAACGACCCGUCAAAAGUUAGACCCAGAGAUAUACAUCCCGGCAGCUGGGUGGAUCUUGUGGAUCUUGUGGACUCUUCGGAACAGAACUCUGAUCAUAUUCAGACGGUGGCGGAGAUGCCACCUUUACCUCCACCUCCACCUAAGUGCCACGUUGGCCUCACGCUGACUGAUCUAUCUAACCUUAGGCAGCCCUCUGCCAAUAUGGACCGACAAGGCCGCAGUUGCAGUUCGAGAAGCGACGGUGGUGCCUUCUUACAAUACUCUUUUGUCAAGAUAUGUCAAACCUCUGUCGAGAUUGCACCCGAGCAACAACAACAAAGACCCGUCUCCGUCCCUAAUCUCGCCCAGGUGGUCGGCGGGCUAACAAACUUCCUGCGCGAAACCGCACCGGGCAGCGAUGUUUCCACAUGGGAGGAACAGGUCGAGGAGGUAGAGAGGGACCUUCGCACGCAGCGAGCUUCCAUUGGCACGGGGAAACGCUGCAUCGACAUCCGCGUCAUGGCUAAGAGCAGGGCCCACACUUUGCUUAACCAGUUACUGUGA